CGCCGGGAGACGCGGCCGGCCCGGGGCCGCGGUCCCGUCCGUCCCCCCGCCUCCCGCCCCAGCUCGCCGGCGCUCUCAUGGAAAAAUCCAAAAAUUUCCGCAUCGACGCGCUGCUGGCUGUCGACCCCCCCAAGGCGGCGGCGGCGGGGCAGAGCGCGCCGCUGGCCCUGGUUACCUCACUGGGCGGCGGCAGCAGCAGCGGGAGCGGCAGCCCCCCGUCUUCCUCCUCCUCCUCCUCCUCCUCCUCCUCUUCCUCAUCCUCCUCGUCCUCCUCCGAGCAUCCCGCCGGCGGCCCCGCCGACUGCCUGCGCACCGACAGCCCCUCUCCGCCGCGCCUCCUGGCCGCCCACUGCGCCUUGGUCCCUAAACCCGGUUUUUUGCCCGGCGCCGGUUCCCACCCGCAUCACCACGCCUCGGCGGCCGGCAUGGCCCUGGGACUGCACCCCGCGGCGCCCGGCGGGCCGGGCAUGCCGGCCCAGGCGGCCCUCUACGGCCACCCGGUGUACGGCUACUCGGCGCUGGGCGGGCAGCACCCGGCCCUCUCCUACUCGUACUCGCAAGUGCAGGGAGCCCACCCCUCCCACCCCGCCGCCGACCCCAUCAAGCUCAGCGCCGGCACCUUCCAGCUGGACCAGUGGCUGCGGGCCUCCACCGCCGGCAUGAUCCUGCCCAAAAUGCCCGACUUCAACUCCCAGGCUCAGUCCAACCUUCUGGGGAAGUGCCGUCGGCCCCGCACGGCCUUCACCAGCCAGCAGCUGCUGGAGCUGGAGCACCAGUUCAAGCUCAACAAGUAUCUCUCCCGGCCCAAGCGCUUCGAGGUGGCCACGUCGCUGAUGCUCACCGAGACGCAGGUGAAGAUCUGGUUCCAAAACCGGCGCAUGAAGUGGAAGCGCAGCAAGAAGGCGAAGGAGCAGGCGGCGCAGGAGGCCGAGAAGCAGAAGGGGGGUGGCGGGGAGGACAAGGGGGAUGAGGACCUGCUGCUGCCCGCACCGGAGAAGAGCGGCGGGAGGAGGAUGCGGGAGCUGCCUGACAGCGAGCCCGAGGAUGAGGAAGAGGAGGAGGAGGAGGAGGAGGAGGAGGCAGCAGCGGCCGGGCGAUGCUGCCCUUACCACUCCUCCGACUGCUCUGAGGCAGAGGAGGCAGACACGCAGCCCCGGGGGCGGCAGGGAGCCCCGGCACAGCCCCAGUGAGCCCCCCUGGCUGCCUGCCCCGCUGCCUCCAGCCGCCGGCUCUGCCUGUCCCCCCGGAAGGGGGGUGGGGGGGGAGAGCCCCGUUCGGCACCGGCCCUGCUCCCCCCCUCGGUCCCACUUCUCCCUGCUUGGAGGGUGAUGGAGAAGAGGAUCCCCCCGCAUGCCGGGCAAAGAAGAGGAUUUACGGUGAAUACAGUGUUAUUUUUGACUGAAAAUCAGACAAAACUUGACACCCCCCCCCGCCGCCAUCCCUGCCCCUGGGAAGUGCAUUCCUUUCGCUGAGUAUUGGAAAUUUUUUGUUCUUACUACAUAUUGGGAAAACUGUUUAUGUCAUGAACGUUAAAACUGCUGGAAAUCUCAAUACUGUCUUUAUUUUUGUAUAUUGUAUUUAUAAAAAAAAAUUUACCUCUACUUAUGCAUGCUAAAUUAUUCCCCAGGCCCCCCCAUCUAUGCGAUGGGGUGGAAAAUAAACGGUGUUUUGUA